AUGGACAGGCCGGCCAGCAGACGACGGCACAACUCGCAGCGGCGGCUCCUGCAGCCAGAGGAUGGGAGCGCUGUUGCUGAUACCCCUAUUGCUGUGCAACGUGAAGCCGGAAAGGAACCGUCCAGGCCCUCAGCAGGUAGCCAGACAGGGGAGCAGAAGCCUCAGAAUGAGAAGAUAUUGCUGCCGGGGGGCCCAUGGCCGCUCGUGGGCUUUGUCUGCUGCGUCUCGACUCUGCUUGUCUUCCUGAGGCUUGCUGCGCAGUGGCAGCAAGGUGCAGUCCCAAACAUAUUUGAUAUUGGCUCUGGCAUUUUCCGGCCCAGCACGUCGUCGUCUUCUUUGGAAGAAGGGGGAAGCGUGCCCUGGAGCUCUCUCCUCCAUCCGGAGGAGCAUGUCUUUCGUCCAGCAGCCACGCUCACAAUGGAGUGGUCUAUCACCACUGGAUACCGCCGCCUGGAUGGAGUGAAGAAGCGUGUUUAUCUCAUCAACAACUCGUUUCCUGGACCGACCAUUGAAGCACGCUCCGGAGACUCACUUCAUAUCAAGGUCAUCAACAACAUCCAAGAUGAGGGUGUUGUCCUUCACUGGCAUGGCUUGCACAUGAGAGGUGCGAAUCAUAUGGAUGGAGUAACUGGAGUUACUCAGUGCCCGAUAGUGCCAGGCGACUCGAUGUUGUACAACUUCACCAUUUCGCAAUCACAGAGUGGCACAUUCUGGUACCAUGCACAUUCAGGGUUACAGCGAGCAGAAGGUUUGUAUGGUGGCCUCGUUGUGCACGAGCCAUCAGCGCCCAGUAUGCGGAUAGCAAGGGAUUCGGCCAUGCAUACUGAGGCUUUCAAGUACCAGUACGAAAAGGAACACCUUCUCCUCAUCGGGGACUGGUAUCACCGUCCGGCGGAGGACGUGUUGAAGUGGUUUCGAUCAUUGGAGGCAAAUGGCCAGGAGCCUGUCCCUGACUCCUUGCUGAUCAACGGUGCUGGAAGAUUCAAUUGCUCGAUGGCACUGCCUACACGACCACUUGACUGUGUGGAUGGCGGAUAUCCUACUCCGGAACUCCUCCUUGAUUCUAACACUUCGCACCGUAUCAGGGUUGUGAAUGUUGGGUCAUUGGCUGGUGUCAGUCUCGGUUUUGAGCAUGGUACUGUGACACCGAUACAGGUCGACGGCGGGACGGACGUUGAGUCACCAUCUCAAUCCUCGAGUGCUCACUCAAUAGGCAUCGUCUAUCCCGGGCAGAGAAUAGACUUUGUCUUGAGAAACACCCUCGGCAAAGCAACGCAAUCUUCUAUGACAGUAGAGCUUGACCCAGAAUGCUUCAGUCUCCCAAAUCCGGCGCUCACCAAUACUCAAACAUUCCCUAUCAGGAGCACAGCAAGGAAGCCAUCUCUACCGCUAACUGAUAAUCCCAUUGGCGAGCCUGGGACGCACAUUGACCUGGCAGACUUGACUUCCACAGCCUCCACAAUAUCGCAUAUACCCGCAAAGGCGGACGACACAUUCCUCGUCUACACCUUGCUAUCCAAAUUAUCGGCCAACAACUAUGUUCCUUUUGCAUUCUUCAAUCACACCUCCUGGCGACCACAGGCAAACCCGCCUCUACCUCUGAUCUCACUGGAACCCGAGAACUGGGAUAAGAACCAGUUCACGGUCAAAACAAGCAGCAACGCCUCAUGGGUAGAUCUGGUGGUGAAUAACCUCGAUGAAGGUCCUCACCCAUUUCACAUUCAUGGCCAUGACUUUUACGUAAUGUCUAUUCACGAAGCUGAUACAGGGAUGGGCUCGUACAAUCCGUGGGAUCCCAGGAAUGACCCCCUAGAGGCAGUGUACGAUCACUCUAGGGCCAUCCUUCGAGACACAGUGCAUAUCCCUGCCCGGGGCCAUGCAGUACUAAGGUUCCGGGCCGACAACGCUGGAAUCUGGCUAUUCCACUGUCAUAUCCUGUGGCAUCUUGCAAGUGGUAUGGCGAUGCUAGUGGAUGUCAUGAACAGCGCAUCGAGGCCGCUGCAUGAUCUUCCAAACCAAACUUGCAGCUAUCUAUCCUAG